AUGAGUGAGAAUGAAGCCUUGGCCGGGGAAUUUGUUAGGAUACUAAUGGAUAACCAUCGAAAGUCGGUACCGACAAGAAAGCAAAAUGUUAGGGCACAGCUUAAGGUCGGAGUGAAGGAGAUAGGGGCGCUCGUAGAGUUUUCUAGGGGAUAUCUGCAGAAGCUAGGGCUUGAGCUGGUUGGAGUUGGCAGAGAAGGCACUUCGGACCCCAUUACGGCUGAAAAAUACUUCAUCAGAAGGUUAGAGCCUUCGAAUGAAACCACGGAGAUUUUGUCGGAGGAGAGCAGAAGAUUGAUACUGGUGCUCACCUUUGUGAUUUUAGAGCGAAAGUCAAUUGAGGUACCUAGACUAUGGUUUUUCAUACAGAGAACGGGGGUUUUUGAGAGUGAAGAUGACUUUACCGAGUUUCUGGGGCAGGUAAAAAGACAAGGAUACCUCUCGAUAGCAAAGGUUGAGGAAGGUCAUGUUGUUACUCCUGGAUGGAGAUACUAUUGCGACUUCCACAGCUUUGAUCCCAAGGGAUACUUCCAGAGCAAUGCCCAUUGA